UCUCUGAUUCAUAAUACAAAACUUUUUUUUUUCCAGCACACCAUAUGAAAAUGACCUGGAGAAUAACAUAGAUUACUGUGGUAAUGUAGAUUCCAAGGGUCUGAGACUGACAUUUUUGCUCGUACAGAAAGAGUACAAGACACAAUGAACUGGGAGUUAUUUCAGGGUCUGGUUAGUGGAGUAAGCAAGUUUUCCACAGCAUUUGGUCGCAUCUGGCUCAGUGUGGUCUUCAUCUUCCGUCUUCUUGUCUAUGUGGUUGCUGCUGAACGAGUCUGGGGUGAUGAACAGGGUGAAUUUGACUGCAAUACCCGCCAACCAGGAUGCAACAAUGUCUGCUAUGAUCAUUAUUUCCCAGUCUCACAUAUUCGACUCUGGGCUCUUCAACUGAUUCUGGUUACCUGUCCAUCUCUUCUAGUUAUUUUGCAUGUGGCCUAUAGGGAGGAUCGGGAAAAGAAGCACCUACAAAAGCAAGGAGAAAACUGUGGUCGGCUGUAUUUGGACACUGGUAAAAAAAGAGGAGGCCUUUGGUGGACCUAUCUCAUUAGUCUUCUAGUCAAGGCUUUAGUUGAUUUAGUUUUUCUCUAUGUUUUUCACAGACUCUAUCCAAACUAUACUCUACCUAACUUGGUAAAAUGCGACAUUGUCCCAUGUCCUAACAUUGUAGACUGCUUCAUAUCCAGACCAACUGAGAAAAACUUGUUUACCCUCUUUAUGAUAGUGGCUUCAAUUUUUUGCAUCCUACUCAACCUGAUUGAGAUGACAUACCUUAUAGGAAAGAGAUGUAAAGAGUGUAUUGUACAGAGGAACAUAAAAAUAAAGAACCACCCCAGCCAUGUAAUUUCAUACCUCCAACGGCAGGAGAUGUUUCAUGCUCAUAACAAAGCUAAUGUGGAGCUAGACAAGUUACAUCUAUGCAUUCAUGUGACACCACCAGAGACUGAAUUAAAAUAAGUGAAAGGCUACAGGGAUAUAUAUAUAUAUAUAUAUAUAUAUAUAUAUAUAUAUAUAUAUAUAUAUUUAAAUAUAUAUUUGUCAUUCUUUUACUUUCAUAGAAAUCUACAACAUAGAAGGAUUUGCUAGCCUUAAUCUUGCCUUUGAAAAAACAUUUUGAGAAAGAGGAAAUGACUACACAAUCAGGAUAAUAGACUGUGGAAAUUUGUGAUAACAUAGAUUUAAACACAUUUACAGAAUAUAGUUUAGUUUCUAUGAAACAAAGCAGUAGCAUAUAAUAGUGAUCUACUAGUAAACAGUCAAACUGGGUUCUCAAAAGGACAUCAAAGGUUAACAAAAAUGUUCUAAUGUGUUGGAGCAUUUUUUUAUUGCACUAUGGCUUUCAUAUAACUAUGGUCUCCAUAACACGCUUUCUGAUGAUUAGGUAUUGGUUUUGGCCGAUAUGGGCAUCCUAUUUUAGAGUGAUCAAAACCCAAAAUGGAUAUGGCACCAAAAACCCCAGUGCAAAUGAGUUUUCACUCAAUAUGGAAAUAUUAUGGACGUAAAUUUUAAAGUUGCUUAAAACUCUAUGCUCUAUCAGAUUCAUAAUACAAACUUUUUGAGUUUCAUAUCCCUUUAAAGACCAUAUUUCUGCUUGCACAUUACAUGUAUUAUCUACUUCUGUAUAAAGGUUAAUUGUAAAUGGUAAUGGGAGAAAUGGUACUGAACUUUGAAAUGCCAGGUCAUUCAUAUUACAGGUCAACCAUAAUGAUAUACAGCUUGUUUUUAAAUUAUAAUAUUCCCUCAAAACAAACAUGUAUAUUGAACGGGCCAGUAACAAGCUGUUGGAACCUGAUAGUAUUAUUUUACUUGAAUAAAAGUAGAUUCCAUAAAAAUCAUCCCAGUGAGUGUACAGUAAAAUAUAUAACAUAUUUUUUACAGCUGUUAGGUUACUUAAAUGUAAAAAAAAUGACUGAAGACUAAAAAGGUCCUGAUGUUUUACAGGCAGAGAGAAUCACUCAGGAUAUUUAGUCAACAAGGACAGUAAAUCUAAAUCUAUAGGCUAGAUUACAAGUGGUGCUCUAAUUUGUUUUUUGGGGGCUUGCGCGCAAACUUUGCUAAAAUCAAGCUUUUGACAUAGGAACAUUAGGGUGCGUAUUACAAGUUGAAAGGUUUGUGUGCAAGUGAAACCUGGUGCAUGCUAACUUCAGGACUUUGGAUAUUGUGGCCACAUUUACUUCUUCUCCCCAUAGAUUUCAAUGCAGCAUGCUGUUAAAAAACCAAAAAACAUCUUUUUUCCCAGGCGCUAACUAGACAUGCAUUAUUAUUAUUUAUUAUUAUUAUUUUUAUAUAUAUAUCUGAUGAUUUAUUUUUUGUAAAUAAAAAUGUAUCUAUACCUAUAUGAAUAUAUACAGGUAUAUAUAUUAUAUAUAUUGUAUUUGAACAUUAGAAUGUAAAAUAUUUCUAAUGAAAACACAGUAAAACACUUUAUAACCAAUUCAAAUUUAAUAAAAAUAUUUUUUCUAGUUUAGAGGCAUUUAACUGGAAAGGGCUCCAAAGUGUAAAUAUAUGUGUAUAUAUGUCUAUACAUGUGUAUAUAUACCCACGCACACACACAUAUAUAUAUAUAUAUAUAUAUAUAUAUAUAUAUAUAUAUAUAUAUAUAUAUAUAUAUAUAUAUAUAUAUAUAUAUAUAUAUAUUUAUACUGUAUAUAUACACAUAUUAUAGGUUGUUCAAAUCAAAUACAUUGCCAUAUACCAUAUCCCUUUAAAAGCCAGGAGCAUUAAUAAUAUUUCAUGUCAAUUAAAAUGUUUUAUAUCAGAAAGCAUAUAUGUGACUGUAAUAGCUUAUUUUAAUGUAUUUAUUUUAUGUUUGGUGAACAUUUUUUUAACCCUUUAUACUUUAUGCUAGGUCUUUAGGCAUGCUAAUUCUGUUUGCACUUGAGCGCACCCGUUUACUUUCAACUUGUAAUAUGUGAGCUAGUUAGCGCAGUUGCGAUAAUGUUUAUCGAGCCCCGCUCUAACAUUAGGGCACCACUUGCAAUCUAGCCCUAUAUGUUUAUCUUUACAAAACAUAAAAGAGUAAAUUGAAAACCUCUAUGUGUAUGUUUAGAACUUAGUGGUCUAUGUGUACUGUUAUUAAGUUGCAAAGUAUCACUUCAUUUUGUAUUAUUUAUUUAUUUUGUAUAUUUUAUUAUGCUUGCACAGUCCUGUUUUAUUACAUGUAAUAAAUUUGACUUACUUACUAAAGUGA